AUGCUUACUUUUCCAGGUAGUUUGCACUAAACAGGAUCAUUACGGUGCAUGCAGUCAAUGUAAAAGUUAUGUCAGAUAUCGCAUAAAACCGAACUACUUGUUUUACAAAUGCUCUGCCGUUUCAUAACGUACCUGUGAAUAACUCAGCUCUUCAAUGGGUCCCCGGUGUUUGCCCUCAGAUUCGUGGUAACUAAGCCAAGUUACCACUCUUGUUAAACAUCAGCAGAUUGAUUUUACCCAGCUUCCGAGAGAUUUUAAAAUUCAUCCCAGCGUCUGUAUGAGAAUUGAAGCUGUAUAAAACUAAUUGCAGAAUGUACACAUGUACAAAUAAGCAAUCAGUCGUUUGUUUAUGUUUCAUGGGAAGAGGAUCGCUAUCCUCCCAGGUCAGGCGCUUCCUGACACCCGUUUUAUCGGUUGCAGUUGGUGCAGUUGGUUCUCAACAGUUGUUUAUGCUUGAGAGCUCUAUUCGAAACUUUUAUGGUCUAAUUUUUAGCUGCAAGACCUUUUUAUGUGUUUUAUACAUAUUUGUCACCUUUUACAAAUGCUCCAUUCCGCGGGUUUGUAAUAAGACCUCAAUACUUAGAAUCUGUGGCUGAUGGUGUCACUCUAACAGAUGUGUUGCCGACUUAACUGCAUAUACGUGUUAAAUGCAUCUAUCAGUUACUUAUUUUUGCGUCGAGAUUUUGCAUGUUUUUUAUUUAUCCUGCUGCAUGUUACUUUUGCAGCUCAUCUUUUGAGCACUUCAGUAGCUUCCGUGACCAUUCAGGUGGCGGAAAUAGGGCGUUUGAGGGUAUUUCUUUGAUUUAAGAAUUUGAGACAUUGAUUAGGGUUACUCUAUUAUGCAGUUUUCAACUGGAGCCCGCACAGUACUGUAGACUUAAGCAUUCUCAGAAACAGAGGAUCUGAUUUAUAGUUUUCUUUGUCGUUUCUGCAGUAGCCGAUUGGCGAGUUUUUGGUCUGUGGCCAACCUGCAGGCAAUGAAUUUAUUUCACCCAGAUGCUUAAAACCGACAGAUAAGAAUUCGAAAGAGCCCCAUUGUUUUUGUCAUGCAUGUGCCUACUUCUAGACUUAACAAUAACAACAUCUCGGUCAGCAACCGCUCCCAAAAUUUCCUAUCAUCCAACUAUAGGAGUAUGCCAUUUCAUCUGCUCCCCUCUCCGUUCCAUUAGUUAAAAUUUGUUUGAUCAAUUAUGUGCAACCAUUUCCUCCUAGGUGUAUACAGACCGCGCAAGGAGGUCGAAGUACUGUCAAAAAGAACGGCGGAAAUGAUCCUCCCGAACACAGCUCUUUUACUACGUGCUUUAAUGGAUUUUACCGGCAAGGACGGCAAAAAGCGUGUGUAUGGUGAGGAGUGGCUGGUGAAGUCAGUCGGCGCUUACAUGGUAGGAGCUUAUGAGGAGCGUGUCAAGACUGUCGAAGCCUACCAUCUAGAUGAAAAAGUAAGUGCUACCAAUAAUCUUCUGCUUACAGCCGGCCUCCUCCUAAUGCCUCUACUUGGCUGGGAAUCCGUUAAACAAGUCACAAUUUUCUGUGUGGUGUCUCUUCAUUUAGCACGCCCUUCAUGUCAGAGCCAAGCGAACGCAUAUUGAUGACUUCGGGAAGCGCCGUAGACACGGUGAGGAGUGGCUAAUCACACACCUGGAUACUGAAAGCCAUAUCCCCAGUGUUAACGAGGAGGUAAUUCAGGUUGCCUCACCGGUUGUUCUCGCUUCCGGAAACUACUGCGUCCUGUGCGAUCCAGUCGACGACAAGGGUGUUCCUAGAAUUGGCAAGAAAUUACUUAUUCGGGGGGAGAAAUCCUUCUUUCUAAUGCCUGGCGAACGCUUGGAUGCAGGGAUAGAAAAAGUGUACGUGCUUGGAGAGACAGAAGGCAUCAUUCUUCGUGCAAUGGAGUCCUUCCAAGAUGGCGACGUUGUAAGUCCUUUAGCUACUGAUUUAUGAGUUCCCUAAACUUUAGAUUCCACACUUAUUUUGAGUCCAGGCUAUUGUUCAUGAUACAGUUUAACUAAAAGCACUGUCGGUUAUGUUUACGUCCCGUAACAUGUCGUUAAAAACAUGCGUAGUUCCUGGAUGUCAGGCAGUUGUUGCGCACCCUUGACCGCGAAACGCGACAGUUUGAACUUUAGAUUCAAUCAAACGCAGUGUAACACAAGACAAAUCUUGGAAUUUGUUAACGAAUAAGGAUGGAUAUUUAAAUGUCGCUUACUGGCAUAAAAAUGAAAAUGUUAUCUCGACUCCAUCAUGUCUAAAAAAUAAGUAGAUGCUUUCGGGAUUCGAGCUGUCGUUUUUUCUGCAACUUUCAUAUAUCAGGGCCAGAUCGGCUACAAAUUCUUUUUGGGAAAGGAAGUUACCCAAGCCUGAACUAAUUUUCCUUUCUGUUUGCUUUGUUUGUAACAUAGGCCCGAACGGCGGGCGAAGAGUGGAUGCUCACCGGGCCCCUGGAGUAUGUACCGCCGAUCGAGGUGGAGGUAGUCACCGUCCGGAAGGCCAUACCUCUCAAUGAGAAUGAGGGCAUAUACGUGCGAGACAGGUUGACUGGUCAAGUUCGCGCAGUCACUGGCGCCACCUACAUGCUUAACCAGAAUGAGGAACUUUGGCAUAAGAAACUUCCCCCCGCAGUGGAGCAGAUACUUGUGUCACAAAGGGAUCCCCUGGGUGAAAGAGGCGAAUAUCUAAAGAAGAGUGAGCAAGGAGAGGGCAACUGGGAUUCUACGCGGGUAUGUUUUUAUUUAUGUCUGGCCACAGAUGCAGCACGAAAAACUUCUGUGCAUCUCUAUUUCUGAUUUUGUUUCUGCUAAUAAUCACUGGGAUUGUGGGCUGAGGAUUGCCUAGAUUGGUUCAUAGAAAAAUUACUCGGUCCCAUUUUCUGAUUUGUGUGUUCGCUCUGUCUAUGUGAGUUGCCUUAUGCCAUAUGCAUAAUCAUUUCGUUAUCUUCGUCUAUUACGACGAGUGAAAUACCAUUACGGCGUAAAAGUGAACUGGCUAUAAGUAAUUUGUGAUUAGCCAGCUUUUCCUCCCAACCACAUCUGCCAAAAUAUUGGGAUUUGGCCUUUAUCUCUCUACCUCUCUGGGUGCUCAGGUACUCUAGUGUGUUUUCGCUGAUUGCUGGCUGCUUUUCUGCCCGGAACUCGCGGAGGCCUUCUGUACGGCUAGUACGCUUAGGGGGAUCUUCAGUGAUCCUUUCUGGUUCCCCCAACCUACUCUGACUCCACAAGGGCUUCAGACUCAGGAUUGCACUUGGGCUUGCCUCGCCGCCUGGUUAUCUGUAUGUCUUUCUUUUCUCAAUCUUACCCUAAGGUGGUAACAUAUCGCGUGCCACACAACGCCGCCGUCCAGGUCUAUGACUACAAGUCGAAGACUUCGCGUGUGGUUUUUGGCCCCGACCUGGUCAUGCUGGGACCAGACGAGCAAUUCACCCUCCUUAGCCUCAGUGGUGGCAAGCCAAAACGUACAAACAUGAUAAAAACGAUUUGCCUCCUCCUGGGUCCCGACUUCUGCACUGACGUCCUGGUUGUGGAAACUGCGGACCACGCCCGUCUCUCAAUUCAGCUGUCUUACAACUGGCAUUUCGAAAUCUCGCCCAACCCGACACAGGAGAUGGCGGCCAAACUGUUUGCCCAACCCGAUUUCGUGGGUGAUUUCUGCAAAGCCAUUGCGGCCCGUGUACGUGGGCUGGUAGCCUCGGUUAAUUUUGACGCAUUCCACAAGGUAAGCCCAGUAUGUUGCCCUCCGAGACAUGCUUGAACUGUUGAGUUGACUGAGUGACGUGAUGAUCAUAUGCAUGUUGUUGCUGGUGCUGAUAGCUAUGAUAGCGGUGACGCUAAUUAUGAUGACCUAUGUUGGAGACUGUGCGUGUGGUUGCGAUCAUGUUGACGAAGAGGACUAUGGUGCUUAGGAUCAUGAUUCCCGACCCCAACUUUUUCCCACAGAACUCGGCCUUCCUCAUCAGACAGUCGGUCUUCGGUACUGGUGCCGAUGGCACCGUGGGAAAGCGACUUUUUUUCCCGCAAAACGGUCUUGUGGUUAGCAGCGUGGACGUGCAGGCCGUGGAGCCCGUAGAUCAGCGUACGCGCGAUGCACUGCAAAAGUCCGUUCAGUUAGCGAUUGAGAUAACCAGCAACUCCCAAGAGGCUGCAGCCAGGUAAGGCCACAGGCUCCCAUGUUUACCUUCUAUUCACACAUCGUCAAAUCCAUCGUCUCAGUUCUUCCAGGUUUUUGGCAGUGUGUCGUCCGGCUUUGCCCAAGUCAUAUAUUGGUUCACUGGAGGGUGUUGCUACUUACUUGGGAAUCGCAGGGCUGCUGCAUUUGGUUUAUGAACGUUUUAACUUUGUUUGGAGUCAUUGGGAUAGCCGGUAAGUCACUCAUUAACAGCACUUAUCAGUUCGAGAUAGGUUAUUUUCGCACAAAGUAAAAUUGCACUACUGAAGUGGGCCCUCGACACAAAGACUGCCUAGUCAACAACUAGGUCGCCUGAUCAUUCCGAGUUUAUACUAUCUUUGUUUCGGCUUAGGUACAACUAGCUCCUAACAUAAUUUUCGAGAAAGGGAUUUGUGCAAUACUGGCAAACGCAGGUAUUUUGUUUUUGUCGACUGUCUGUGAUUUAAUUUCCUGGAUUCGGAGGUUUCUGCCCCGGCUUUCAUGACAGAUGAUCUGACCUACUCAUGCUGCGUCAGAAAUUUCUAGGAGAUUUUGCUGAUUCCGAGGCAGUUGGGCGAAAUUUUCGUGGUGGUGUUUUAUUUCCUCCCCCCCCCCCGUGUCAAGGAACACUUCUAGCAACGCCAUCGUAAAAAAGUCGUUUCGGCAGAUACUCGACUUUUCUGCUCACGCGACAAUCCAAUUUGAACCUGCUUCAACGCUGAGAAUUUGCUGGGCGUGCUUGUCAGUUUUGGGGCCAACUAUUGCGGUAUUUUCUCUACUUUUUCUCAUCAGAUUCCUCCUAAGUCAGCUGAGGUUGUGUGCUAAAGCCAGUCUCGAUGACUGUGAAUGAGCUUAACUUAGCCGCAAAAGCGCAGUCUCUCUCUCUCUCUCUCUCUCUCUCUCUCGAGCUUUUCAUCGCUGUUGCUUAUUGCGUCUUGCGAAGACGGUCUUGUUGUAAAAAGUUCCGCUUCACUCAUAGGUCCAGUGAAGUUUGUUUUUCUCGAACAACCGACGUUGAAUCCCAUUAACGUUCGGUUCCAUCCAGCCACUAUGUCGACGUGCAAGUCGGACGACUUCCUAAGCGGGGGGUAUAUAUCGCGUCUCACAGCAUGCCUCGGUCGUUCUCAUUCUCAUCGUCCGCCUCCUCUCGAAGACGGUUGUUGCAGUUUGUUGUCUAGACCUGAGAAUAAGUGUUUUCCGGGACUUGCCUUCUUUAGAAAGACCACGUUCGUUAUUGUUUGAUUUUCUAUCCUUUAUACUCCCCGGUUUGAUCCAAAAUUUGUUUAGUGGUUCUUAGGUUGUCUCAUAUCCGUUUUUAUCAGCACGACCGCGCCAACCCUCUACCCUAAUAUUGCUUCAUAUAGUUGCCGCUAGUGAAGUAAGCGUGCAUGCGUCCAUGUUUUGUUCGCCCAGUGACGGAGAAAAUAGAUAAUUUUCUCCGCAGGUUUCCAGGUCAGCACCUACUCCCGUGCUGACGCAUAAAAGAAUUAUUCCUACUCGAACCUCAACCAGGCCCACGCGUGUGAGUACACGCCCGACUAAGAUGAGCUGGCGCGAGAUCAUGCUCCUGCGCUCCGCUACAAACUGUGGUACGCUAAGACGAGAUUUAACUUGUUCAGAUACCCUGAAACGCGCAAUCCGACUCAUACUCCCGUGCAUGUUGUUUACUUUGCCACAGCGCACACGCCUCAACUCACCUGCUGUGAGAAUUCGUCUUUGCGCUCUUCACUGGGCAUACCUAAAGUAAUGACGACGUAUACUAACCACUGAUACGCCUCUGCUAUUGCGAAUUGGAACCCUUAGUGGUUCUGUUGUAAACUGACUUUUUAGGUGAAUGUUCAUGGUAAGAGUUGUGUCCUUCCCCCACAGACUUCACGGCUUUUCAGUUGCUGGUGGUAUCGGUGUCAGCACUAAACCACUGGGUGUUGGGCGUUGUAGGCUCGGCGGUCUGCAGAGUUAUUAAUUAUUCUUCAGUGUGCACGAUGCUGAUAGUCUGUGUGCACGUGGUUUGCAAGGUGCACGCUUUUAGUUCAGGGACCUCCACUGUCUCAUUACUGCCAUUCUCCGUCCUCUCGUCCCCGCCCUUCCCAGAUUCGAGGUGUUUAGGGCCUUCGAUGCGAGUUGCCUCAUCGAAAUAAUUCGCCCUUCCCAUAUUCACUGCUCUUCAGGCAUGAGGCUGAACGACUGGAGCAAGAAGCCCGCGGUAAACUGGAGCGCCAGCGCAUUGAGGACGAGGCAGCAGCUGAACAGGCUCGACGCAGGCUGUUGGAGUUGCAGAUACAACUUACAGCCUUGGAAAGCAGUGGUCAGGCCAAAGCCGAAGCUCAAAGUCGGGUGGAAGCAACUCUCAUUAGCAGUCAGGCCGAAAUCCAAAAAGCUAAGCUAGAGGCUGAAGCGGAUAGAAUUAGGGCAGUAAGUAGUACCCACCCACCUACCCAUCCCUCCCCCAUCUUCCGCACGGUGUCCGACUUAGCUCAUGUUUGGUUGCCUAGGAAGCGGAAUUGGUGCGGCUGCGGGCAGCUCGUGAGGCAGAACUUGAGUACCUGCAGAAGAAGAAUCAACUGGAUCUUGAACGCAGGAGACAGGACGUAGAGAUUGAUACGGCCUACUUCCUCAAGCGUGUCGAAGUCUUGGGCGCAGGGAACCUGCGUCACAUAGCUUGCGCUUUGCCCGAACGUGAUGUACGCAUGCUGCGUGCUCUGAAUCUGAGGAGCACCCUCAUCACGGACGGUCGGUCCCCAGUCAAUCUUCUGGAUGCCACAAGUGGUUUGAUUGGACAGGCUGUGACCGCUGUUCAUUCUUCCCCGGUUGACGGGGAUGGGCCUACGUUAUUACCUGCCACUGCCGGAGAGAAUUAG